ACUUCACUCCUGUGGCAGUUUAUGUAGGUACAUACUACAUGUUAUAGGUUUAUAGGUAUUAGCUAGAAUCUGGAACAUUAGUCUAGGUAGGUACAGAAGUCAGUACUGGGCAAGCGUGGGCCGGAAAUCUCCGCCCGCCAUUCGUCAAUUGCAGAGAGGCAAGCGCCAGGCACUUGCAAGCGUUGGUCUGGGCUAGAUAGGCGUUAGUUCGAUUGGAAUUGAUUAAUUUAUUUAAAUAAUUCUUGGGUCGCAAGUAUAUACUCAUUUAAUACUCUUGAUUCUUAUAUUAAUGAAUCGUUACAAAUGCGAUUAAAUUUAAAAUUAAACCAAUUUUUUAUUUAGACUACAAUGUCUCGUUUAUUUUUUGUUUUCGUUGCUCUGUUACCGGCACUUUUGGUUAGCGGAAAUAAACAGUUUCGCUUAGGGCGGGGAAAGGGUGGUAAUUUGGGGCUCCCAGUAAAAGAAGUAGGAGAUCCCCUACCACGAGCUAAAUGGUUCCAACAGAAACUUGAUCAUUCUGCCCCUACGGACUUGCGGACAUGGAAACAAAGAUAUUUUGUAAAUGAUUCCUUCUAUGAUGCUAAUAACCCGGGCCCCGUGUUUCUCAUGGUGGGUGGGGAGGGGCCUGCAGAUGCAAAAUGGAUGGUGCGGGGAGCCUGGAUAGAUUAUGCAGAGAAGUUGAGAGCAAUGUGUAUAAUGCUGGAACAUCGUUAUUAUGGAGAGAGUCAUCCUACAAAGGAUAUAAGCACAAAGAACUUGCAAUAUCUCUCAUCAUACCAAGCUCUUGCAGACAUUGCUAACUUUAUCAAUGCAAUGAAUGCCAAGUACAGUUUGGACACAACUAAAGUGAAAUGGGUGGCUUUUGGAGGCUCAUAUCCAGGGUCGCUAGCUGCUUGGUUGAGGGUGAAAUAUCCUCACCUUGUUUAUGCUGCUAUUUCUUCAAGUGGGCCUUUGUUGGCUAAAUUAAACUUCAUGGAGUACUAUGAAGUAGUAGCCAAUGCUCUACAGGAAAAGACUGCAAGCUCAGAUUGUGUGAACAAGAUAAAAGAUGCACAUCAACAAAUUGCUGCUUUGAUGAGCACAAAGCCAGAGAUUCUCGAUGAAGAAUUUAGGACAUGUAAACCACUAAGGGAAGCCUCAGCCGACGAUGUAAAGAACUUUUUCAACAGCAUCGCCGAUGAUUUCGCCGAACUUGUCCAGUACAAUGAAGACAAUCGUAUCAGUUCUGAUAAGAAAAUGAAGAAUUUUACUAUCAAUACGAUUUGCGAUAUGUUAACUGAGGAUAAAAAUGAAUCAGCUGCUUAUGUUCAAUUGGGUAAAUUCAACUCGAUUGUCCUGCAAAAUAACAACCAGACCUGUUUGGACUAUAGCUAUGAUAACAUGAUCCAAGAACUUCGGAACAUGUCUUGGUCAGCAUCUGAAGGAGGACGCCAAUGGAUGUACCAGACUUGCACCGAGUUUGGCUUCUACCAGACGUCCACUGCUGAGGUGGAACUCUUUGGUGACGAAUUCCCGCUGGAGUUCUUUGUGAAGCAGUGUGAAGAUAUCUUCGGGGACAAAUUCGAUGAAAAAUUCAUAGCUAAUAGUGUAACUUGGACGAACAACGAGUACGGUGCUCUUGGUAUAACUGCUGGCAGGAUCAUGUUUGUUCACGGCUCCAUUGAUCCGUGGCACGCUCUCGGGAUCACUAGUACCAUGCAUUUCGACGCACCCGCUAUCUACGUGAAAGGAACCGCCCACUGCGCUGACAUGUACCCAGCCCGCGAAGAGGACUCCGUUGAGUUGGUGCGAGCUCGUAUCGCCAUCCAGAACCAGUUGGCUGACUGGCUUCAGCUCCCCUGACCUUUGUACCCCGAGGAUCACACGGACAGUUUCCUAGGAUUCCUGGACAAGUUCAGGCACAGGGGCAUCUCCCAGGUCAUCGCGAUCUGCUUCAUACCACACUCCAUGCUGAUACUCUCCUUCGCCAUGGCCGAUGUCUUCAGUGACAGGUUUAUGCGGGAUUACUGACGCCAACUGAUACAUCGGAAGCUCAUCUAAAUGAUUAGCAUAGUGAUAACGGACAAUGACGCUUUUUAAUCGUUCCUCUCGCUGAAAGCUAUUUUGGAUUAUUAUUUUAAUAUUUAUCUCACAGUGAAGUUCUAUUUACAAGAUAAAAAUAUUCUUAAGUGCAUAAUUUUAAGUUUUCAUCAGUUGAUUUAUCUUUAGCUCAAUUGAAUUACUCACUUAUAGAUCUCAAGAUUUUAGUUGGGAAGACUAAGUGCUAGAUUUGCCAAAAUUCUAGUUGAUAUCGGUAACCAUAUUUAUAUGUGGGUAUAAGGGUAUUUGGUUAGUGACGAGCAUAGCUCGUUUGGCUAGCUAGUAAGCAAGAAUUUAUAUUGUUUUAAGGUGUAAUUAGUUAAAGCGCGCACUGUGUGAAAGACAUCUUAUUUGUUUAAUCUUUAUUUGCACCAACAACUCUUCAUAUAGUAUAGGUGUACCUACUUGGCGUAUUAGUAAGCCAAACUAUUUACGUACAUACUAACAUUUAGAAUUAAAACAAGUAUUUAUCCGAUGUAUCACGUAAGUUUAAGUGUUUCCAAGAGCCAAAUCAGAAUUUCCUAUUUCUUUUGUAUCUUCUCAUUGUUAAGUCACGUUUCGAAUACUUAUUUACCAAAUUUUGUAUAAUUGUCCUAUAUCUUACUCAAUACUAUCUUCGACUUGGUGAUAUUUGGAGAUGUCGAACCAAGUUCUAUUUUUUAUGCGAACCCGUGAUCGGGGAUCGCCUUUUAUAUGCCUUUCGUAUGUGAUUGGCCUAUUUUAUGCUAUAUUGUAAUUAGAUGUAAGAAUUUCAAUAAAUAUAUUGGUGUGAA